AUGUCAUCGACCCCUUUCUUGUCUGGGACCAUAGAACCCGAUGAAGAAGCUCCUACAUUGCCUCACGGAAAGAUAGGUGCAUCAUCCCGAGCUUCCGAGCCUGUAGUUUUAGUUCCUGGAACUACUGCUAGUGGGAGCGCAGCAACCGGUAUAGGAAAUGUGGAGGAAGGCGGUAUUAGAGGAAUACUGAAACAAUCCUCUCAUCCAUUAUCGUUAUUUUGCCUUUAUUUAUUUAGAAGUGCAGCUAUAGCGGUCUACGUACUGUGUGGGCUCUUCACUGACAACUACGUAUUGAGUAUUGUUGUAGUUGUGGUAUUACUUUCACUCGAUUUCUGGAAUACAAGAAACGUGGCUGGUCGUACGCUUGUAGGAUUACGAUAUUGGAAUGAAGUAGAUGAAGAAGGUGAAAGUUCAUGGGUCUUCGAAUCGAGAGAUCCGUCGAGACCUGCUAAUGUAAUAGAUGCCAAGAUGUUCUGGAUCGCACUUUACGCCUAUCCUUUAGGCUGGUUAGCCCUUUUCAUCGUUUCGUUAUUGAAAUUUAAUGUUUCUUUCUUACCGAUAGUACUCCUAGCACUGGUAUUCAAUCUCUCCAAUUUGUUAGGGUUCACCUAUGCCGAUCGAGAUGCUCAGAAGAGGUUCGCAUCCGGAAUUGCAUCUAGUGGAAAUCUGCUAGGAUUUGGAUUCGGGGGUAUAGGCGGCCAAUUGGUUGGAGGGAUGAUGAAGAAUACUUUGGGCAGAGUGCUUGGUUAA